GUACCUCAUCGGCUUCCUUCUUCUCCGCGGCAUUAUAUAGUUGUCCCGUCUCUGAGCUCGAGCUCCUGUCCCCAGUUCCUCUUCCGUUCCAUACCUACAGGAGAUCCAUCUGCUUUAAUUAGUUCGUUAGCUUUCCUCUGCUUUAGUUAGUUAGCACCCUAGCUAGGCCUUGUUGGUUAGGAGAGCAGAACAGGGAGCUUUGGAGCGGUUUUCAGAAGGAGGUCGAGUUUAUGGCGGAUCUCGACGCGCUCCGGGCGUCGGCGGCCGACGUGCGGGUCGUCACGUCGGACGGGCGGAGCAUCGCCGCGCAUUCCUACGUUCUUGCCUCGGCGUCGCCUGUGCUGGAGAAGAUGAUCGACAGGGCGUGGCUCGGGUGGGGCGCCGAAUGCACCAUCCGCGUCCUCGGCGUCCCCUCCGACGCCGUCCUCGCCUUCGUCCAUUUCCUCUACUCCUCCAGGGUGGCGCCGGAGGAGGAGGAGGUGGUGGGCGCGCACGGGGCGCAGCUGCUUGCGCUGGCGCACGCGUACCGGGUACCGUGGCUGAAGCGCGCCGCGGAGGCGGCCGUGUCGGCGCGGCUCACGGCGGAUCGCGCCGUGGACAUACUGAAGCUCGCCAGGCUCUGCGACGCGCCGCGGCUGUACCUCCGGUGCGCGCGCCUAGCCGCCAAGGACUUUUCCGCCGUCGAGCGGUCCGAUGGCUGGCGCUUCGCUUGCCGCCACGACCCAGCCCUGGAGCUCGAGCUCCUCCAGCUCCUCGAGGACGCCGACCAGAGGAGGGCGCGGUGGGCGCGGGAGCGGGCGUCCCAGGAGGCGUACAAGCAGCUCGGCGAGGCCAUGGACUCCCUCGACCGCAUCUUCGCCGGCACCGAGGACAACUGCUGCCACGGGCCGUCGGCGACGGACAAGCUGUGCGCGGCGCGGGACAGCACCUGCCAGGGCCUGCGGCUGCUGAUGCGGCACUUCGCCACGUGCGCGCGCAAGAUCGCGCCGGGAGGCUGCGCGCGCUGCAAGCGCAUGCUGCAGCUCUUCCGCCUCCACGCCUCUGUCUGCGACCGGCAGGAGCAGGGCCAGCCGUGCCGCGUGCCGUUCUGCAGCCAUUUCAAGGCCAAGAUGCAGACAGAGAAGGCGGACAAGACAUGGCGGCUUCUGGUGAAGAAGGUGACGAGGGCCAGAGUGAUGUCUUCCGUGGCCGAAAGGAAGGUACCGGAGGUUGUGGCCAUGUCAUGGGCGAGGUACAGCAGCAGCAGCAGCAGACGGACUAUAAGUUGAGAUGAAGAAACACUAUAUGUACAUGGCCGAUCUCCAUCCGGAAUGCGUAAUUUUGCUGUAAUCCUUCUGUAAUUUUUUCGUCUUUGGAGUACGGCAAAACUCAGUGUCAUGCUGUCAUGGAGGUGGAGUCAAUGUAAGCAUAACAGAGUGAAUGUUUUCCUUAGGAAAGAAUAGCGUACUAUAUUGUAGCCCUAAUAUACGUAUUCAAUGUAGACUUGGUAUACUAGAAGCAGCAAUAUUCUUUUAGUCAUUUCUGUAGUGGUCUUCGUAAAAAAGGUUGUCAUAUUGGGAGAGGUUCACUAGGGAUGCAGCAUUUUGACUUGAAACUUGCAAGAGACCUUUUCUAGAUUUCA